AUGGCACCCUCAAAAAUGGGAAAUACAGAGGAAGCCGCACACGAGUGCGUGUCUGAAGAAGCGCUUAUCCAUCUCAAGUCCUACAAGUAUUCCAGCGUCGACAAGUCCCUGAUCUCGAAUUAUAUUCUCAAGCACUACUGGAACGCCUUUGUGGAAUUGCUGCCAUUAUGGCUGGCGCCGAACAUGGUGACCCUGCUAGGGUUCUUCUUCAUCCUUUCGAACGUUAUAUGUCUUGAGAUUUUCAUGCCAGAUUUGGUGGGACCGGGGCCGUCAUGGUUAUACUACAGCUUUGCGUUUGGUCUCUGGAUGUAUUCGACUAUGGACAACGUGGACGGCAAACAGGCACGACGAACAGGAACCUCGAGUGGGCUAGGAGAACUUUUCGACCACGGAAUCGAUUCUCUGAACUGCACCCUGGCAAGUCUCUGUGAGACGGCAGCAAUGGGAUUAGGUACCUCCAGAGCGGGAGUGUUCACUGCGUUACUACCCUGUCUGCCGAUGUUCUUCUCGACUUGGGAGACAUACCACACACAUACCCUCUACCUUGGUGUCUUCAACGGACCUACAGAAGGUCUCAUAAUCGCCUGUGCAAUCAUGUGUCUUUCCGGAUACUACGGACCCCAGAUCUGGACUCACCGUAUUACAGAUCUCGUUGGACAUCACUAUUUCCUCGGAUACCAUGAGCUUUUUGGAGAAUACUCGGUCCGGGACCUAUGGGUACCUAUCCUAGUAGUAUCGCUGCUCGGAGUCCAUGUACCAUUUUGUGUCUUGAAUGUUAUAAAGGCUCGAAGAAGCGCCAAACUCCCAGUCUUGCCCGUGUUUUUGGAGUGGACUCCAAUGGCCGUAUAUACCCUUUCAAUUGGCGCUUGGCUAUACUCUCCGUAUUCAACUCUGAUGCCUGAGAACCGACUUGUUCUCUUCUGCCUUACCAUGUCGUUUGUCUUUGGAAGAAUGACAACAAAGAUUAUUCUAGCACAUCUUACCCGCCAGCCAUUUCCCUAUUGGACUGUCAUGCUUACUCCACUUGUUGGAGGAGCAAUACUGGGCAACCUUCCACGAAUCGGCCUCCCAGCCGUCAGCGCCGCUGUCGAGCUAUGGUACUUGCGAGGAUACUUUGCCUUUGCGCUCAUCGCUUACUUCAGAUGGGCGUUCCUGGUCAUCAACAGUAUCUGUGACUACUUGGGUAUCAAUUGCCUGACGAUCCCAUCAGAGAAGCAAGCUGCCAACAAGGAAAAGUCUAAAGGCUCAAACGGCACAGCCAACGGCCACUUUGGUACCGAGAAGAGAGUAGAUUAA